CCUUACUGACACUGUACAGGAAUCCUUCAGCUCGGGUUGAACUGUCAGAGACUGUGCUAGAAGUUUGCCUAGGGGUGGCCAUACCUCACCUGCAACACUGGGAACCCCAGGCAGUAAGGCUGCAUACUUCUAAUUCAUGAGACGUGGGUAGAACUAUUUAACCCUGAAUGGAAGUGUCGGUGGAGAGUUGUUAAUCUUCGCUGAAUGCCGGCGGCUUUUUAGUUUUUUCUGGAGGGAGGAUGAACAGGCGUUGCUAUGGAGGAAUGUGAGGUGGAGUUUUCUCAUAAUGAUGUCAAGGUUAUACCAUUGUGGAGGAGGAUGAAUCCUCAUCAAGUGGAAGGGCUGUAUAGUAGCCUAAACCCUAGACCUAGACCACAGUCUUAUCAGAGUCCUAGUGGCUUGUUGGUGACAGAUUUCCCUGUGGAGGACAAACAUACUUUUACAUUGACCCAGCCUGCAGAAAGGAUUACAACUUCUCCGGACAACAGGAACUCUCAUCAAGGGGGGACAAGUUUGUAUAGACCUAAUGGCAGAAUACUACCAUCAUCCUCCUCUCUGUCUCUGGAAUACAAUUCAGUUGCACCAAACCAGAGGCACUCGCCUCAAGUUUUAAAGGUGGUUUCAAGUAAUUCUAUCAGUUUUACUGCCAAUGGAGCUCUGCCCUCACCAAAUCAGAGGUUGAUGCUUUCCAGCAGGACAUCCAAUAAUAUCACCCUGACACCUGACAAAGAACAGAUUGUUUUUGGAUCCAGCUUAGCUAAUGGGAUGGUGAAUUCUAAUAACAACAAUAACCCUAUGAAGCCUUACAAUGACCAACAGGAAACAAAUACCUUGUGCUCAGAUCCUGUUCUGGGUUCCCCAAAAUCUGAUGUGAACACCAAACAGGUUCUCCAAAGAACCCCAUCAAACUCAAGCUCCUCGACUGAAACACAGUCCUUCGUCUUGAGCACCAACAGCGCUGCUGCUCUCAAAGUGGGAGUGCAACAAAUUAUACCCAAGGGAUUGGCCUCUGGAGUAAAACUGACAAACAAAAACAAUUCCCAGAACAGUCAAAAUAUGGAGACUGGCAAAAGAAUACUCAAAACCCGCAGCAUGGUUGAAACAAGCUCUCUUCCUCUGGUAGUGGUUCAAGAAGACGGAGACAUAGAUGCUGACAGGGACAGUCCGGGCACCCUAAGGAGAGGCCUCCGAUCUACCUCCUACCGUAGGGCUGUAGUGAGUGGCCUCGACUUCAGUAAUCCAACAGAAAGGAAAAAAAAUAAUAGGAUGUCUCAACCAAUCCUGAGGACCGUUUCAGAGGACAAGGAAAAGUUUUCAAGCUUGGGUAGAAUAAAGCGAAAAAUCCUAAGAGGCCAUGGGACAUUUGGCAGUGAGGAAAAUGCUGUGUUAUACCAAAAUUAUAAGGAAAAGGCUCUGGACAUUGAUUCAGAUGAGGACGCUGAUUCCAAGGAGCAGAAAGAAGACAGGAUCAUUGUUGAAUACAAACCUUUAAGAUCUACCUGGAGCCAGCUUUCUGUGGUGAGAAAGAAUGGACUGUCCCAAAGUGUAAGCCAGGAAGAAAGAAAAAGGCAAGAGGCAAUGUUUGAAGUUAUAUCUUCUGAGCAUUCCUAUCUUCUCAGCCUGGAAAUUUUAAUCCGAAUGUUUAAGAAUUCAAAGCAACUCAGUGCCACCAUGACAAAAACAGAAAGCCACCACCUUUUCUCAAACAUUACUGAUGUUUAUGAGGCAAGCAAAAAGUUUUUUAAAGAGCUGGAAGGAAGACAUCAAAGGAACAUUCUUAUAGAAGACAUUAGUGAUAUUGUUGAAAAGCAUGCCAAGGCAACAUUCGAUCCCUACGUGAAGUAUUGCACUAAUGAAGUCUACCAGCAAAGGACGCUGCAGAGAUUAAUAUUGACCAAUUCAUCUUUCAAAGAAGCGCUGUCUAAAAUUGAAUCGCAUGAAGAGUGCAGGAAUCUUCCAAUGAUCUCUUUCCUUAUCCUUCCUAUGCAGAGAGUGACUCGCCUUCCUCUCCUCAUGGAUACAAUAUGUCAGAAAACCCCAAAAGAGUCUGCUAAGUAUGAGGCAAGUAAGCAUGCUCUAAAAGAAGUUGGGAAGCUGGUCCGUCUGUGCAAUGAAGGAGCAAGGAAAAUGGAGAGGAUGGAAAUGAUGGUUACAAUCAAUUCUCAGCUGGAAUUUAAGAUUAAGCCAUUUCCAUUGGUUUCCUCCUCCAGAUGGUUACUGAAGAGAGGAGAACUUACAGCUUAUGUAGAGGACACUGGCAUCUUCUCCAAGAGAACAACAAAGCAACAGUUCUACUUUUUCCUCUUCAAUGACGUGCUCAUUAUAACCAAAAAGAAGAGCGAGGAGAGCUACAAUGUGACAGACUAUUGCUUACGAGAAAAACUUCUGGUGGAGCAGAAUGAUAAUGAAGAGCCUUCAUCUCCUGUCAAAAAUAGCACCACCAUGUUGUACUCAAGGCAAAGCUCGGCCAGCCAUCUCUUCACACUCACCAUGCUCACCAACUAUGCUGGGGAGGAGGUGGAGAUACUGCUUGGAGCUGAAACUCUGAGUGACCGAGCUCGCUGGAUCACUGCAUUGGUGCACAGCAAAGACAGAGCAGACACAGACAGAACAACCCUAACUCAGGUGGAAAUUACCCGGACAUACACAGCAAAGCAACCAGAUGAACUUUCCCUACAAGUUGCCGACGUGGUUCUGGUUUAUCAAAAGAUUAAUGAUGGCUGGUAUGAAGGUGAAAGACUUCGAGAUGGAGAAAGAGGAUGGUUCCCUGUAGAAUGCGCCAAAGAAAUUACAUGCCGUGCCACAAUAGAAAAGAACAUGGAGCGAAUGGGCCGCUUACUGGCACUUGAAACAAAUGUGUAGUCUUCACACUCCCUUUAUUCCUUGCAGGAUUUGCACUACAGUAGCAGCACUGUGUAUGGGAAUGUCAGAAGGGAUCUGAAUGAGACAGUCUUGCCAGCUGGGCUCGGGACAGCUUCAUAAGGACCUUGGCCAGCUGCACUCUCCUUUAAGCCUUUUCUUUGUAAGAACGAGGAUUUGUCGACACUCCCUCACUCGGUUCUGGUGGAUUUCUUUGGGGCCCCUUUUAUGUCUGAAACCCACAAGGGACGGUCAUUCUUGAGACCAAUAAACACAGUACAACAGGAAAUUGUUCCUCUUUGCAUGGCAUGGAAAAAUGAAGACAUCACAGCCUGGAAAUUAGUUUCAGCUUGCUUAAUUUCAGGAGCUGCAAGAAUGAUACAUCAGAAAGGACUGUUCUAGCAGGAACGCUGCGAUGGCUGGGGAAAGGCACAAGCAAUGGGGGAUUAGAAGUAGUCUGUUAUGGUGGAACAUGAGAUCCAAGCUGCCUAUGUGCUGUAAAGUUUGUGAGGGGUUUUUGGAAUAAGGUCCAGAAUCCACCGUCAUCACACAGGGCUUAUGUACAAACUUUCCACAACUGGUGGGAUUCCAUUUCAAAGACUGGGAAUGAACGGAGAAUGUUAAAACAAUGCUUUUAUAGGCAAACUGUGUACAUAAGAAAAAACAUGGCAUUGACCAGACAGUGUGACUUUAAGGCAACCUGCAGCCAUUCUUGAAUUCCAGUUUCCGGGAUUUGCUUGGACUGCUGGUGGGAUACUGGCAAUUGUAUUGCAAGAAGGGUUGGGGAGCUGUCCCCCAAGUAUAUGCCCAAAAGCAGGUAGGGAGUUGUAGUUUGAAACCAUUUGCUAACUUAAAGGGCUCAUUAACACACACAAGAUGGUAGUAGUAUGAGAGCAGAACUACAGGAAGAAUUCUUUCAAAUAUCACUGGAUAAAUUAUAAUCAUGGAUUUCGUUUACAUAGGGAAUGUGUAUAUUUCAAACAGACAAAAUAGGAAAAUGAAUUAAAAAUAAAAAGACUUUGAUUUAAGCUUCAUCUCCAGGUAAAUACAUGUAGUGUACAAACAACUCAUAAGUAGUACACAUCCUAUUUCUUACAUACUACAGGGGGGCAUGAUGCUGGUUUACAAUAGCGUGCAUCUGUGUAUAAUAUGUGUAGCUUUAACCCCCCCAUGAUACAUUGUGUCUGCAGCUGCAAGCAGUCAGCAGUGCAGGGGUUAACAUGUUGAGGCUGUAAAUUAUGUUCUGGGGACCAAACACCAAAAAAAACCCCUAUUGCUGUAGUGAACUCAGUGUAACUCUGCUCCCGAGAUUCAGCUGGAGGUGUCUGUCUGCUACAAACGUAUCUUAGAUCAAUCACUUGUAAGAUCUCUUUAAACAGAAUACUGUGACAUUUUAUAAAUUUUUACCACUGUAAAUAAAAGAUUUUAAUGAUA